AUGAAAACCUUCAUGAUAGACAGACUGACAUACAGACAAAGGACAUCUCAUAGUGAUAGAUACAGUAACUUCAUCCUAGAAGACCAUGACAGUAACCUCACCCCAGAAGACAGUGACAGUAACUUCACCAUAGAAGACAGUGACAGAGACAGUGACAGUAACCUCACCCUCAAAGGCAGUGAUACUAACCUCACCCAAGAAGACAGUGACAGUAACCUCACCCUCGAAGACAGUGAUACUAACUUCACCCUAGAAGACACUGACAGUAACUUCACCACAGAAGACAGUGACAGUAACUUCACCCCAGAAGACAGUGAUACUAACUUCACCCUAGAAGACAGUGACAGUAACCUCACCCUCAAAGACAGUGAUACUAACUUCACCCUAGAAGACAAUGACAGUAACAUCACCCUCGAAGACAGUGACAGUAACCUCAUACCAGAAGACAGUGACAGUAACCUCACCCCAGAAGACAGUGACAGUAACCUCACACCAGAAGACAGCGACAGUAACUUCACCCUAGAAGACAGUGACAGUAACCUCACCCUCGAAGACAGUGACAGUAACCUCACCCUCAAAGACAGUGAUACUAACUUCACCCUAGGAGACAAUGACAGUAGCCUCACCCCAGAAGACAGUGACAGUAACCUCACCCCAGAAGACAGUGACAGUAACAUCACCCCAGAAGACAGUCACAAAGACAGCGACAGUAACUUCACCCCAGAAGACAGUGACAGUAACUUCACCCCAGAAGACAGUGACAGUAACCUCACCCCAGAAGACAGUGACAGUAACAUCAUCCCAGAAGACAGUGACAGUAACCUCACCCCAGAAGACAGUGACAGUAACCUCACCCCAGAAGACAGUGACAGUAACAUCACCCCAGAAGACAGUCACAGUAACAUCAUCCCAGAAGACAGCCACAGAGACAGUAACAGUAACCUCACCCCAGAAGACAGUGACAGUAACCUCACCCCAGAAGACAGUGACAGUAACCUCACACCAGAACACAAUGACAGAAACCUCACCCCAGAAGACAGUCACAGUAACCUCACCCCAGAAGACAGUGACAGUAACUUACCUCACCCCAGGAGAGAGUGA